UUUAUUUACCGCUGUUUUGGGUGUGGAAAGAUCCGUGUCAUGUAAGCGCUGGCACUGCCUGUAGGUUUGCAUUACCCGAGUUUGUGUGAAAUUUGGAGCUUUUAAGUGCUUGCUUCCACGGAAAAGUCUAGUGACAGCAGUGCUCUGCUGUUUAGCUUUUGUACCCUUUGAUAAAAUUCAAUAAAUAAAUUUAAAAAAAUUAAGCCACAGUCAUGGCCGACUCGACUAACAGCGGCGCAGCGGGGCCCGGAGCCGCGGGCUCGGUUUCCACAGCAGCCGGGGUUAGGAGCGGAGGCGCCGCCGCGGCCCCCGGAGCUUCCAAGCUGGAGUCGGUAAAAGGGCAGAAUUUCGACGUCGGGCCCCGCUACGUCGAUCUACUCUACAUCGGGGAGGGGGCCUACGGAAUGGUGUGCUCUGCCCAUGACAAUGUGAACAAGCUGCGGGUGGCCAUUAAGAAGAUCAGCCCCUUCGAGCACCAGACGUACUGCCAGCGCACCCUGCGAGAGAUCAAGAUCCUGCUGCGCUUCCGACAUGAGAACAUCAUCGGGAUCAACGACAUCCUGAGAGCCAGGCAGCUGGACAACAUGAGGGACGUGUAUAUAGUCCAGGACCUCAUGGAGACUGAUCUCUACAAGCUGCUGAAGACGCAGCAGCUCAGCAAUGAUCAUAUCUGCUACUUCCUGUAUCAGAUCCUGAGAGGACUGAAAUACAUCCACUCAGCCAACGUGCUGCACAGAGACCUGAAACCCUCGAACCUGCUCAUCAACACCACCUGCGAUCUCAAGAUCUGUGAUUUCGGGCUGGCUCGGAUAGCUGACCCGGAGCACGACCACACUGGCUUCCUCACAGAGUACGUGGCGACCCGCUGGUACAGAGCUCCCGAGAUCAUGCUCAACUCCAAGGGUUACACCAAGUCCAUUGAUAUCUGGUCAGUGGGCUGCAUUCUGGCCGAGAUGCUGUCAAACAGACCCAUCUUCCCAGGGAAGCAUUACCUGGAUCAGCUGAACCACAUCCUGGGUAUUCUGGGCUCCCCCACUCCGGAUGAUCUCAACUGCAUCAUCAACAUGAAGGCACGGAACUACCUGCAGUCUCUCCCGCAGAAACCCAAGAUCCCCUGGAGCAAGCUGUUCCCCAAGGCCGACGGGAAAGCUCUGGACAUGCUGGACCGCAUGCUGACCUUUAACCCGGUCAAGCGCAUCACCGUGGAGGAGGCCCUCGCUCACCCCUACCUGGAGCAGUACUACGACCCCACUGAUGAGCCCGUUGCUGAAAAGCCCUUCACCUUCAAUAUGGAGUUGGACGACCUUCCCAAAGAGAAGCUGAAGGAGUUGAUAUUUGAGGAGACGGCCAGGUUUCAAGCCACUUACCAGGGCACCUGAGCCAAGAGCCAGCCAGCCAGCCAGGCAGAUGGAAGUAUCAUCUCUUCUUCAGCCCCGGUCUGAGAGGCUGAGAAAACCAGAGAUGCCAUUCGGACAGGAAUUUUCAAUGAUCAAUUGAAAAAAAAAAAAAAAUAAUAAUAAUUAUUUAUAUAUAUAAAUUAGUAACUGAAUAUUACGAAAAAAAAUACUCCAAACAUACUACCCCUGUGCUGCUUCUGUGUGAUGCUAUACUCCACUAUACUAUGAUAUACUGUGCUUUCAUAUCUCUCUCUCUCGCUCACUUUUGUUCUAUUUAAAUAUAAAUUAUAUAUAUAUAUAUAUAUAUAUAUAUAUAUAUAUAUAUAUAUAUAUAUAUAUGAUAAAUUACAAUUUAAUGAUGCUUGCUGGAUGGUUUUAAAAUAUAUAUUCUCCUUAUAUGACAACAAUGGGGAACAAGUUUUUAAAUUUUAGUUAAAACUAAAUAAUAAUAAACAUUUAAUAGCAAAAGCAAUUGGAAAAAAAAAACCAAUCUCAGUUCUCUCGAACGUGACUGAGGCUCACGAAUCCUGCGAUAUGCGAAGUCUGUAAACUGGUUUUCUUGCAUAAAUACAUUUCAGAGAGCAGCGACUCCAAGCACCGCCAGAGAGGGAAACUCGACAGCGCGUCAGGAAAUUUCACCCCCCCCCUGUUUCGUGCAGAAAAAGGGAGCGCUUAUUUAAAAAAAAAAAAAAAAAAAAUUAUUUGUAAACGAAACCGGAGUUGGCACUCCUCCUAAAUAAUCUUUGUGUUUUUCCUUGUCGGUUUUGUUUUCACUGCGAAUUGCCUUUGUGUGCGUGUGCGUGUGCGUGUGAGAGAGGCGUCUGUUUCUUCCCCUGUGCGUUUGUUGUGUGGAUAUUGUGAUCAGUUAAUCCACAGCUACAAUCAAAAACUCCUGCACAGGUAAAAAAUAAAUUGAAGAAAGAGUCCAAAAGUUUGUCUACCUGAAGUUGUAUUAUUAUUAUUAUUAUUAUUAUUAUUAUUAUUAUUAUGAUUAAUAAUAUAUUUUUUUUCCUCAAUUUGAAAUGCCAGCAAAUGCAUCAGGGCUGGGAAUCAGACUCCCGUUGCACAGCAGUGUGAUCCAGUCCUGGUUUCACUAGGAGUUUAAUAAUCAGACACACCCGAGCUUGUUAGCUAGACACACUGGGGGCUGAUCAAGCUGGUAGUAAAACCUGGAAUGGAUCACACUGCUGUGGAACAGGGAGUCUGAUUCCCAUCCCUAUAAUAAUAAUAGUAAUAAUGCUGGUUAUCAUCACAGGGAUGGGAAUCAGACUCCCGCUGCACAGCAGUGUGAUCCAGUCCUGGUUUCACUAGGAGUUUAAUAAUCAGACACACCUGAGCUUGUUAGCUAGACACACUGGGGACUGAUCAAGCUGGUAGUAAAACCUGGACUGGAUCACACUGCUGUGGAACAGGAGUCUGAUUCCCAUCCCUAUAAUAAUAAUAAUAAUAAUAAUAAUAAUAAUAAUAAUGCUGGUUAUCACAGGGAUGAAACGAUCACAAUUCAAUGUAACUGUAAGUUUGUUUAUAAAGUUAAAUAGUUUAAUCAUUUAAUUAAAAAAAAGAGGAACAAAUCUAAUUAUUUUAAAGCAGUGACGGGCAAAAUAGUUUUUUAAUUUAAAAAGGUGUUUCAUUUUUUUUCAAUGCAUUAUUUUUUUUUUUUGAGCAGAACGGUUAUUGUUUUGAAAUUCUGUUUUUUGGUUUUUGAGGUUGUAUGGUAUAAAUUUGGUCCAAGUUAAAUAUAUAUGAAUGUAUUAUUAUUUUUUACUGUUUACAAAGAUUUAAAAAAGAAAAGGGAUUUUGUUUUUUUUGUGGGUAAAAGGUGAACUGCUUAAUUUUACUUUAUUUUGUUUAAAAUAUAUAUAUAUAUAUAUAUAUGAAUAUUAUAAUUAUGAUGAGAAAUGAAUUACUGUAAUUGUGAAAUACAAUAUCUUAACCAAA